GUAUAUAUAGAUAUAGUCAUGAACAUUAAAUGGCAUUGAAAAUGUUAUUGAUACAGUAACAGUAUUUUUAAUGGCAUAAAAAUAUUUGGCAAAACGGAAAAUAAAUUACGAUAGUGUGACAGUAGUAAAUAAAUAAAAAAUUUGACUUGACAGUCAAUGUAUCAUUCAAAUAAAUUAUUUAAAUCCAAGUCAAUUUUGACAUUAUCUAUAAUAUGGCAGGAAUGGCAGGUUAUGAUCAAGUUUACAGGGGUAGAUCACUAGAUCACAGACAAUUUGAAGAUGAUCCAGAUAAAUAUUAUAAUCGUGGUAUGUUAAGACCAUUACCACUAGAACCAUCAUUACCGCUUCUAUCAGAAGACUUAACAUCUGACAAUGAUAUUGCAGUUAAAAAGUCUGUGGGCAUUGGCUGUGGGAUAGUAAGUUUAAUAACAGAGAAUCUUUUGAUUCAUCCUUUCAUUGUUUUAAGAAGACAAUGUCAAGUUAAUCCGCGAGCAUCAACUUAUCACUUAGUGCCCAUAACAUUGAUACCGGUGAUAGUAAGAUUACAUCAAACUCAAGGUCUGAGCACACUCUGGAAAGGUAUUGGUUCAGUGUUAUUAGUACGAGGUUUAACAUUAGCUGUUGAAGAUGUUAUUUCUAAACUUACCCCCUGGCCGAAAGAAAUUAACAGUGAAUGCUCUAUAAAAGCUUUUGGACAACAUUUACUUCUCAAAUGUGUUUCGAUUGGAAUAGUUGCUCCAUUUUACUCAGCAUCUUUAGUUGAGACUGUGCAGUCAGAAAUAGCUUCUGAAAAACCUGGAAUACUUGAUGUGUUUCGUGAUGGAGCUAUCAGAUUAUUAGAAGUAGGGACUAAAGGCAGAAUUAUUCCAAUUUAUGCACUUCUUGCUCCACAUAUUGCUUAUGGAGUUGCUAAAUAUUUAUUUUCAUUGAUUGUAAAAAGUGUUGCUAGUCGGAUAAUGUGUCUGAGAGAUAGACAUUCACAAGAAAGAACUGGAGCUUAUAGUCGAGAUUUAUCUGAAGGAGUGAUGCAAGACAUUGAAUUACACUCAACAUUAAUAUCAAUGUGCGCAGCAGACGUGUUAUUUUACCCACUUGAGACUGUUGUUCAUCGGCUUCAUCUCCAAGGCACUCGGACUAUCAUUGAUAAUCUUGACAAUGGACGAAGUGUUAUGCCACUUUUAACGGGAUACAGCGGAGCUAUUGAUUGUUAUCGUACGAUUGUUAGUACUGAAGGUACAUUAGGUCUGUACAAAGGUUUUGGUGCUCUUGUAUUACAAUUUGGUAUACAUUUUUUAGUAUUAAAAGCAACAAAAUAUAUUCUCACUGAAAUUGGUACGAUAUUGAAAACAAAACCUAAAGUAGUUAAAACACAACAAAAUAUUUAUUACAAUGAAGGUUAAUUAAUUUAUUUUAUAGAAAAUAUUG